AUAUUUCCUACGUAUUUAUAAACUCACACAUCUGCAAAAUGGAUAUGGUUACUGCUUGUCGCAGAACAAUGUAUUCUGUUCUGAUGUUGGUAGUCUUUCUGUUCCACGAGCCUUCUCAGACAUACGGGGAAAACUUCUGUUGUCCUGAUAACGAAUGUUAUUCCAUGGAUCCACCAUGGAGAUCUGUUUUUCGGCCAGUACCAAACCCUACAUGUGUGGACGAUGUGGAAUUUUUACUCUUUACCAGAUCAAAUCCAGGAAUUCCGUUUAAUACCUCAAUGAAGAAUAUGUCGCUGGAUGGAUCUUACUACAGCGCAGGAAAAGCCACUGUAAUUCUUUUAAGCGGUUGGCUUAUGAGGAUUGAUGGGAAACCCUGGGCCUCUGUUGGACCAGCUAUUUUAUCAAAUGUCGAUGCCAAUGUUAUAUAUGCUAAUUACAGCUAUGUCACAAGUAACAUUAAUUACCCACAAGUUGUGUCGGAUAUUAGAAGACUGGCCACACUGGUAUGCAAGUUUGUCUCCUACUUAAUUGACGAGAAGGGUGUCUCUAAAAAUAAAAUCCAUUUGGUGGGAAUGAGUCUCGGGUCACAUGUAGCGUCCUACGUAGGCAAGUGCAUAAAUGACCUCGGCAGAAUAACAGGUCUAGAUCCAGCUGGACCACUGUUUAAUGGAUUCAACUGCACCAUACAUUUAUGCAAAGGAGACGCUCAGUUCGUGGACGCGAUUCACACAAAUGGGAACCCAGUCUGGGGAUUUGGGACACACACAGAAAACAAUGAUGUUGACAUCAAUAUGAACGGAGGAUGGGACCAACCCCUGUGUGGUGUGCCAGACAAAAACACAAUACCCAAUAUAACUGCGGGAAACUACACUUCAAUGGAUAUACUGAAGACAUUCAUGUGCUCACACCUGCGUGCGAUAUAUUAUUACGUUGAAGCACUAAGGAACAGGAAUUGUACAUUUUGGGGACAGCCUGCAAAUAUGGUCAAAAUGCAUGUGAGUCGGAACACUUUGGGGUACGGUACAAAAUUGGUCGUAGAUUCUGCGACGUGCACGAAUGAAACCUGCGCUGCAAUUAAGCUUGACAUAGCGAGUACUGAACGAGGACAAUUCAUUGUUGCGACAAAUUACCUAGAACCAUACUGUGUGUCGGCACCUGAACAGGAGGGAGGAAUUUUCAACUCUCUGAUGAGUAUUCUCCCGUGAAGGAGAAUGAAUUUUCUUUCACAAGCAAAACUGAAGACUAAAGAUCGAACAACAUGAGAAGAAAACUGGAAGAAAACGCAUCGAAUAUCUUAAUUCAGAACAAUACAGUCCCAAACAAGCACAUUUACAGAGAUUUGCGUUUUAAGUUCUUUUUGGUAGCAUCAUUUUGUGUACAGAUGUCAUAUUUAAGAAUCGGAAAUAUUUUAGCCUCUAUCUUGAUGACGAAAUGACUGUGAAAUAAACUUGCCCUCCUAUCUGUAACAUGUGUCACAGCAUCAGAACUGUUGCCAGUUAUUUAAGAUGUGAGUUGCAAUGUCUCUGAAAUGUCGGCACACCGAACAACCACACUACAGCACCAUCGCCCAUGAAGAAAAUAGUACCCCACUGUGAAAAUCUUAAAGAUUCUGAAGCACAAUUUUUAUGAUACAGGUAGAUGAAGGAAAUAGGGCAUAAAGCGUUUUACAUUGUUUUUUGUUUUGUUACAAUAUUAAAUUCUCUUUAAUGCAAUCUAA